AAGAAAAGAAAAUUGCUGGAACAACAGCAAGAAGGUAGUGAUGUGAAUGCUGCUGCCACAUGCAUAUCCAAGCUUGCCAAUUCCUGUGAAAAAGAGACGGCAAGAAUGCAUGUUCCUGCUCUGGUGCCAGAAAAAAGAACUAAUGAAAAAUACAUAGCACCUCACUUGAGAGCACGUGCUGGAAAUGAACCUGAAGAGCAUACUCAGAUCCGAAGGCGAAUUCGAGGUCUGCUUAACAGGCUCUCUGAAUCUAAUGUGGAAUCAAUCACAGGAGAGAUUUCUACGAUCUUUCAGACAAUUGCUCGAAGUGUUGCUUCACAGAUAAUUAGCGAAGAGAUUUUAGCAUCUUGUUCUGGAGGUCCUCGUGGCAAUGAACAGUAUGCUGCUGUUUUUGCAGCCUUUGUUGCUGGGAUGGCCUGCCUGGUUGGUAUUGACUUCAGUGCAAAGUUUAUGGCCUCCUUUGCCAAAUGCUUUGAGGAUGAAUAUAACAAGGAAGACAAUCUCUCUCUGCGAAAUCUCACUCUUCUCCUAUGCUAUUUAUGCAUAUUUGGGGUCUGCUCAAGUGAUUUAAUAUAUGACUUCCUCAUCAUCCUGAGUAAGAGGUUAACAGAGAUCGAUGUCUCUACCAUCUUAACGGUGUUACAAUGCUGUGGGAUGAAAAUUAGGGCUGAUGAUCCUGCUGCCAUGAAAGAUUUCAUUGUGAGUGUUCAGAAUCGGGCAAAUGAGUUGAAGGCUUCUGAUGGUGGGGACCAAGAAAAAAUAUAUAGCAAAAGAAUGGAAUUUAUGCUUGAAACCAUCUGUGACAUCAAGAACAACAAGAAAAGGCCCAAAGAGGACCCUGCACAUCACACAAGGAUUAAGAAGUGGUUACAGAAGCUAAGGGUGGAUGAUGUUUUGAUUAGAGGAUUUAAAUGGAAUAAGUUGCUUGACCCCAACAAGAAAGGCCAAUGGUGGUUGUCUGGGGACGCAGCUCCCGCAACAGAUAAUGUUGUGGAAGUUGCCAACAGAAUAGAUAAAGAUGUUCUCGAAACCCAGCGAAUGUUGCAGCUUGCUGCCGCUCAAAGGAUGAACACAGAUGGUAGAAGAGCAAUCUUUUGUAUAAUAAUGAGUGGGGAGGACUAUAUUGAUGCAUUUGAGAAGCUUCUAAGACUAGACUUACCCGGAAAGCAGGACCGAGAGAUAAUGCGUGUUCUUUUGGAGUGCUGCUUGCAGGAGAAGGUUUUUAAUAAGUAUUAUACUGUAUUGGCUUCCAAGUUGUGUGAGCAUGAUAGAAAUCACAAAUUCACUCUACAGUUUUGCCUUUGGGACCAGUUUAAGGAGCUGGAAUCAAUGCAGCUGAGGAGGUCAAUGCAUCUGGCAAAAUUUGUGGCAGAAAUGGUUGCCUCUUUCACUCUCUCCCUCGCAGUUUUGAAGACCAUUGAGCUAGGCGACAUCACCCAGUUAACCCCAAAGAAGAUCAUGCAUUUCCGCAUGUUUUUUGAGUCCAUUUUUGAGUAUUCGGAUAGCCAAGUGUGGAACAUAUUCACCCGUGUUGCGGUGACCCCUGCGCUUGAAAGCCUUAGAGAAGGCAUUGAGUUCUUCAUUAAGGAGUAUAUUCUGAAAGCCGACAAGGCUCUUACUCCAAAAUUUAAGUUGGCUAAAAGAGCCCUUCAUAAUUUAGAAGGAGUUCUGAUGUGAUUUUCUGGUUUUGAAUACAUCAAAAUUUUGUAGCUUUAAUAAUAGAUAUAUUAAGUUGGCUAAAAGAGCCCUUCAUAA